AUGAGACGACGCCUCGGGGCCCAGCGCAAUGACCUCUUCCGCGAGAUGCAGGAGCUACUCAAGCAGCAGCAGGACGAAGUAGCAGAAUGUCGGGCGGCUCUUGCCCGAAGUCAGUCCGGUGCGCCUCAAAUUGGCGGAGGAGAAGGAGACUCAGACACAGCCUCUCAAGCAUGCGCAGCCCCACCACUAUCAGCAUCGGCGCAAGCACCUGCACCCGCGGCAUCACAAUGGCGGGAUACAAUUGCCACUAUUGCGGGAGCAGACCGUGCUGCCGGGCGAGCCGUAGACGGCACGGCGGAGGGCGGGGCGGAAGGAGAGGAUUCGCUCCCUAUGGAGGACAUAGAGUCAGCGGAUUUCGCCAACUACUUCUACUCUUACGCCGAGCUGGAGCACCAGAAGCAGAUGCUGGAAGAUGACAGGGAUGCGUUUGAAGGGAAAACGGUGUUGGACGUUGGUUCGGGGUCGGGGGUACUCGCGAUAUUCGCCGCGCAAGCAGGCGCCAAGAAGGUGUACGCGGUUGAGUACACGGACAUGGCCAAGCAUGCCCGGACUAUGGUGGAGAAAAAUGGCUUCGGCGAUGUCAUCCAGGUCAUCCAAGGCAGCGCGGAAUCCAUACAGCUCCCUGAAAAGGUGGACGUGAUCGUGUCGGAGUGGAUGGGCUACUUCUUGCUCCGAGAGAGCAUGCUUGACAGCGUUGUUGUCGCCAGGGAUAAGUGGCUCAAGGACACAGGCGUCAUGUUCCCUUCUCACGCAACUAUGGUCUGGGCUCCCGUGGAUGACGCGGACCAGAAAUAUCGGCGGGAUACAGACUACCAGAAUUCCCUUUCAGGCUGGUCUACAUUCUCUGAACACGCGAUGCAGAGGUAUGGUGUGGACAUGUCUGGCUUGGACAAGGCCUACGAGGAAGAAUGUGCGGGCGUGUUCUCUCUGAGCAGCUUAUGGCGCGAGCUCGCUGGCCACCAAGUAGUAUCCGACCCCGUCACGGUGAAGGCGCUAGACUUGCACACUUGCAGCUUGGAAGACACCAGAGGCCUGGAAAAUACCUUGUUCUCUUUCCCGCUGAGGAACGGAGCCCCUCCAGUGACGGGUUUUGCUGGUUGGUUCGACGUUUCAUUCCGGGGACGGGAUGAAGUCGCCCCCCUACAGAGGCCUGUAGAAUUUUCGACUGCGCCUGCCGCGGGCUACACUCACUGGGGACAGCAGGUGUUCUACCUGCAGGAGCCUGUUGUCGCUGCUGAGGAUGCGACCAUUGAAGGCACCGUGUCUAUGGUGCGACAGGCGAACAAUCCCCGCCUCUACAACGUCAAGGCGAGUCGCACGAGGGAAUCUGGGGCAUCUGUAGGCCCCACACUGAAGGGAAGGCGGGAAAUUACAGAGUAUGCUCUUUCAGCAGGUGGAGCACCGGCUGUCCUUUCCCAGCGGAACAGCGGAUAG